CUGUGUACAUACUUACCAGAGAUUCGUUAUUCUUUAAUUCUUUACGAUUCUUUACACUCUUUUGAAUACACAUUCUUACACAUCUGUUCUUUAAUCACGCUCUUUUACACCUAUUUGUAUAUUUAUCAUUGGAUAGCCUCCACUGGGGCGCUUACCUACCUACAUUCUUUUGCUUGAAGUGUUUUUUGGGGUCAAAACUUUCGCAGGCGGUUAAUAUAUCAUUCCAUACCUACCUAGCAGUGUACGUGCUGGCUGGCUCACAGACUUCCCUUCCAAACCCUUACAAGCUCCCGCUGUCAAGAAUUAAACUUCGACCAUAAAGCGUCCAGGAAUUGAGGGUUGGACUGCGGAGUGGAGGGGUCGUACGGAGGGAUAGGAAUAAGGAUAAGAGGGGUCGAAAUCAAGUAUUGGAUCCUGGUCGUUUCGUUUCGUUUGAGGGGGAGGAAUUUAUAUUUAGAGCGGUCUUGCAAUUGGUACUGCAAUUGGUACUGCAAUUGAUACUUAUCCCACCCUUUCGACUUUUUAUAAACGAGGGUUCGGCCAAGAUACGCGGAUACAUCAUUUUCGGGGUUUGGAAGGUGUGAUAGGAUAGGGUACUUGGGUAUACGAUACCUAGGAUAUAGACUUGGGGAUUUGGUGGAGGGGUAGAUUUGGAGGGCUGAAGAGGAAUUUAGAUGAUCGAUUGAUCAAACGGCUCUUCUGAGUAUUAUUGAAGGGUUACUGCUUGUUUACCUGAGAGCUUUCGUCCGGGGUCUGUCUACCUUGACUGGUCGUCGGCUUUUCUCCAUAAUUGCAACUUUGAAUUUUUGACUUGGAAAAUUGGAUCUGGGAAGUCUGGUCUUGGUUUAGGAGUGGUUGAGUGAUUGGUAUUGAAACGAUUUGUUUGGGAAGUUUCUUAACCAACCAUAUCCAUUCACAUCAGAUCGAAGGAGAAUAACCAUAUCAGACGAGACCAACCAGGCCAAUUCAAUCAAGUCGAAGAAAUCUUGCUUCAUCUUAUCCACGAUAUCAAGGAAUAAUCCGUGGCGAUCAGGGAUCCUUAAUUCUAUUAUACCUUUACCUUCCUUUGGCUUGUUUUUUUUUUUUUUUUUUUUUUGAUACUUUGCUUUCUUCUUUACGAACUUGUGUUGAGAUACAAAAUCUACGAAUGUGAACGCGAGUUACGACUUUACGAAUUGAACGAUCACAUAUUCUGAGGACGAGUUCAUCAUGAAGUGCGAAAAAGCACAGGACAUAAUGGGUUCUACCAAAUCGGACCGAUCGCGAAAAUCCUCAUCAAUAUCCAGAGAACUCCUGGUUGCUAGUAUAUGUCUUGCUAUACUUCCUAUUGCAGAUGCUCAUACAUACUAUCGCAACAGAGCUGCUUGGAGACCAAAUUGGGACCCUAAUAGACCUGUUCGAAAAGGUCCUCCUAAGAAGAGAGAUGGAGCAAUUCCACUAGUAAUAAGCAACAUGUGUCCUGAAACGAUAUGGCCUGGAAUUGGUACUCAAGCAGGAACUGGUGCUGGAGUUGGAGGAUUUGCUCUUCAGUCUGGAGAGAGUAAGUCCUUGACAGUCAGUGCUGACUGGCAAGGAAGAGUUUGGGGACGCACCAAUUGUAGUUUUGCCGUUGGAGGUGAUGGAGCUAGUAAUGCUGCUGGAAAUGAUGGUUCUGGUUCUGCUUGUGUUACUGGUGAUUGUGGUGGUCUAUUGGAUUGUUCUAUUACUGGAGAAACACCUGUUACUCUAGCCGAGUUUGAUUUGGCAGGAAAUGGAGGUUCUCAGACUUUCUAUGAUAUUUCUCUAGUGGACGGCUACAAUAUACCUAUGGGAGUUGUGUAUAUCCCCGGUGAAAAUGCCGCACUCCAGGCUAUUCCUCCAAACCUUGUAAAUGCCGCUUGUAUUGGCUCAGCCGGUUAUCUCGCGCCCCCAGCUGCCACAGGCACAAAUGGCAACUCCUCAAAUUCUACAUACCCUAUCCCGUUAGAGAGCAAAGUCACCAACGAUGCAGUUAUGAGUUGGUGUCCAUGGGAUCUUCAAAAGACACCACCCGACAAACCAGGUGAUGGCGUCUACCCUUACCCAGACGACACCAUCCAACGUCCGACAUUCGAUCCCUGUCUUUCCGCCUGUGCUAAAGACAACAAGCCGGCGGAUUGCUGUACAGGUGCUUAUGAUCAACCUCAACUAUGUCCUCGCAAUGAUUUUGCAAAUGCGGCAAAUACUAUCUGUCCAGAUGCAUAUGGUUAUCCGUUCGAUGAUCAAACAUCCACAUUUGUUAUUCCGACCGGAGGUGGAUGGGAAGUUGUGUUUUGCCCAAUAGGAAGGAGUACGAAUAUUUUGAAGGUAUUAGGGGAUCAGAUGAGGAAAAUCGCCAGUGCUGGAAAGGUUACAAAGGAUAUUAUUGAGACUGCGAUGAAUGAAACGUAUAUUAAUGAAAUGGUGGUUAAGAGUACGGCAGGAGAGGGAUUGUCGGAAAAAGCGAAAUUGGGAAGCUGGGGGGCGUUGGUGGGAGUGCUGGUUUGGGGAAUUUGGUUGUGUUGAUGAUUUGAUAGUGGAAGAUGAGUGAAUAGAUUGGGAUAGAUUGGAUUGGAUGGGAGGAUGGGAGGAUAGAGAUGAGGAUGGUAGAGUGAAGAUGGGGAAUGGUAUGGAGAGGGGAGAUGGAUGGGAGACGGGGAAUGCAUGUUUUAUAGCGUUGAGAUACCCUUAUUGUUGUGUAUUAGCUUUUUAUUUAUUUGCUUUCGUCUGGUGGAGAGAUGGGAUGAUAUGAGAGGAUGAGAUGAGAAAGAUGAGAUGAGAUGAAUGACGUACCUAAGUUUUUCUUAUGAUACC